UCCGCUUGAGCCUACCCGCUACCUGGAAGAUUCACAACGCCUUCCAUGUCCAACUUCUGAAGCCCUAUCGAGAUCCUAACACGGUCUUUACCGGACGCCAACCCCCGCUGCUGCCACCCAUCCUCGUCCACGAUGAACCUGAGUACGAGGUCGAGUCCGUGCUCGCACACCGUCGUCAUCGGAAUGGCGACGUUGAGCUUCUCAUUCGUUGGAAGGGUUAUGAUCCUUCUGAGGAUAGUUGGGGUCCUGAAUUUGCGAUGAGUAACGCUCGUCGUCCUCUUCGCGACUACCUUGUCAAGCAGGCGCGGCGGGGGAGAGAGUGUAGUGCAGGAGAGAGAGAGAGAGAGAGAGAGAGAGAGAGAGAGAGAGAGAGAGAGAGAGAGAGAGAGGGAGAGAGAGAGAGAGAGAGAGAGAGAGAGAGAGAGAGAGAGAGAGAGAGAGAGAGAGAGAGAGAGAGAGAGAGAGAGAGAGAGAGAGAGAGAGAGAGAGAGCGGAUGAGAGUUUCGCAGCGAAAGAGGAUGUGGCGCAGGGAGAUGGCGAUAUAGACUACAUAGGGUCAUGCCAUAGAGAGUACAACCCACUAGCUAUAUACCCCUGUAUACU